CAGAGAACAACACACACGUUGACUUCCUGUAGCAUCCACUUCUGAGAGAAGAAGGGGAAAAAGGUGUAAUUAGAAAGGUGUUGAAGGAGAUGGGAGGAAAAGAGAAGAUUCUAAACAUUGCUAAAUAUCAAGUCUCGGACAUGUCUGCUGCAGACAGCAAAGGCGGUCACUCUGUUGCAGGGAGCACACGUCUUAAACAUCAUGCAUAUCUGAGCAACCAUGUCCCUGUGGUUGAAGAAGGUGGGAGGCCAGCCACUGGUCGCACGGAUUUCUUCCAUCAUCUGGAAAGAGUGGAGAUGCUCCGCUGCUACUGGGAGCUCAAACAUGUCCAGCGGGAUGGUCUGGGGCAGCUAAGAGAAAAGGAAUGCAAGGAGAAGCCAAAUGUAUGUUUAAAGGUGUUGAAACCACAAAAGACAAAAUCUCCAGAUGUAACAGGUGGAGCCCAGGAAGACUUGGAAAAGGUACAAAUUCUUAAUCAACAGAACACCAGACAUUCCCAUAGCAAUUCUGAAGCCCAUGCUAGUGAUACAGGACUUCUGGACUUUAUCCAAGAUGGAAAAAAUGCACAAACCGAAAAGAAGAGUGAUAAAGAAGAGCUGCAAACAAAAAAGGAAAAAGAGGUCAGUAAGGAAGAAACAGAUACUCUCAUAGACGCCAGACUGAAUGAGAAUGUGGAGACAAACAAAGAAGAAGGAAAUCAGAGAACAGAAACAGAUAAUGACUUGAGUGUUCCCAAGGUGCCAUCUUUACUCCUAUCAACCUGGGAGUUUAGUCAAGACCAAGAAGAGAGUCAGGAGAGCAAUAAUGAACACAUGGAGUUAAUCUUGAGUGCUAAGAGACGAGUUGAGAAUCUAGAGAAAGAUGAUCUCAAAAAAAGCAGAGUGGAGGAAAGAUCAGAGGAGGUGGAAAAAAUUGAGGAAGAAAAGAAGCAUGAAGGAGCAUCAGAAGUGGAAUUAGAGAAAACUGGAGAGGAGAAGAAAGAAUUAGAUUCAGUGCCUGAAGAGUACAUGAUAGAUUGCUCACCUCCUCCUCCAGCACCUUUUGAACACCGUGUGGUGACAACUAAAACUCAACAGAUCGCUACCUAUUACACCAUCAAUAGACAGGAAGUGCUUGGAGGCGGGCGCUUUGGAAUGGUCCAUAAGUGUGUGGAGAAUUCUUCUGGCCUCACACUGGCAGCAAAGAUCAUCAAAACCAGAACCCAGAAGGAGAAGGAGGGGGUAAACAGUGAGAUUGAGGUUAUGAACCAGCUGAACCAUUCUAGCCUCAUCCAACUCUAUGCUGCUUAUGAGUCUCGCAACGAUAUCACUCUCGUCAUGGAGUAUGUCGAGGGAGGAGAAUUAUUUGACCGCAUCAUCGAUGAGAAUUACAACUUGACUGAACUGGACACAGUGCUGUUAAUCAGACAGAUCACAGAGGGCCUCCAAUACAUGCACAAGAUGUACAUACUACAUCUUGACUUAAAGCCGGAAAAUAUACUGUGUGUGAGUCGAGAAACUAAUAAAAUCAAGAUAAUUGACUUUGGUCUGGCCAGAAGAUAUAAACCAAAGGAGAAGCUCAAAGUGAAUUUUGGCACACCUGAGUUUCUUGCACCUGAGGUGAUCAACUAUGAGUUUGUCUCCUUUCCAACAGACAUGUGGAGCUUAGGAGUCAUUACCUACAUGCUGCUAAGUGGUCUCUCUCCUUUCCUGGGUGAGGAUGACAAUGAGACACUGAAUAACAUCCUGGAAUGUAAGUGGAACUUUGAAGAGGUUGAAUUUGCAGAUAUCUCUGAAGAAGCCAAAGAUUUUAUAGCCCGCCUACUUGUAAAGAGCAAAAGUUGGCGGAUGAGUGCAUCUCAGUCACUGAAACAUCCCUGGCUGUCUGACCGAUCACUUCACUAUCGCCUACAUCAGAAAAGGAACAAGUGCCACUCAACACACACUCCUUCACCAGAAAGCUAGUACAGAAAACCGCUUUACCCAUGUGAAGAACUGGACCAAUAACUCUGUACCUGAUUGGCCACUAGCUGCUAUAUAACAAUGAAUAUCCAUUUCACAACCACAAUAAGUAGGCUACAACACAAUGCCAACUCUUCUUUGUAACAGUACAAUACCUGAACAACAGGAGCUUGCCUUACACUCCUAAACUUGCUUUAUACCACAUAUGCACAACGCUGCUGUUCUACAUAAUCUGGCUUUUACUAAUCAAGUCUUAUUUAUGUGAUACUCUUUUUUAUAUAUUUAUACUGGAAUAAAAAAUUAUUUAGUUUUAAAUAUAUCAUUAUAUACCAAUGUACUGUAGACUUGGGAUGCUUGAAUACAUGAUUACUCUAUGUCACAAAUCCUCUUAAAGUUGGUGUUUUGCUUUGUUGGAUUAUACUGUACUGUUAGCAGUCAAACAAUGUAUGUGAUAUAAAACUUAUCAUCAAGGUCAACCAACUGCAGGCCAAGAUAGGUUUUGGGUGUAAAAUGAACAUCUUUUAUUUUGUGCUGUAUGGUGCACUGUAGCUAUGUUGCAAUAAUGCAAAUCCUCAAGUGAAGUGAAAUGUUAAUUAUUAUGUUAAGUUUAAAAUUCUUUAGUUAAAUUUGCAUUGACAGAUUAAGUCUAAUUGAAACAUUAGCUUUUUAAUGUUAUUAUUUAUUAGCUUAAUUUACCUCCAGUGUAAAACAAAGGAACGCUAGUUUUAAACCCAAAUAAAUUUUAGAGUUUAGAAUGAUAAUUUUCUAAAACACAUUGAGAAGUUUCAUUACUUAAUAACUAGAUGCAGCCUAAAGCAGAUGUUUACAUGGCAGAUGCGUGAAACUGAUUUCCAUUGUUUGCUACAAAACUAAACAAGCAAAUAUGAUGGCUGAUCAACUACAUACUUCAAUUAAAAAUUGUUUAAAGUGGAAAUGUUUGUAAAGCGUAAACAUUUCUGAGAUAACUAUCUGAAAUCAAGAUCCUGCCAAACAUUUUCCCAGCCCCUUUCUGUUGGGUAGUUAACUCACCUUCCAUGAAGGCAAACCCAACAGUAAACUACCAUUUGUUUUAUAUUUAGCUUAGGCUUUUCAUCCAUUAUUUAUGCUUUGUAUCCUAAACUUACUUGAAGGUCAACAUUUUAACAUUAUUGUGUAUUAACAAUAUUGUUUAUGAAUUUGAAUCAGGUGUGAAUAUGGCAGUUCCUUAGAACAUAUGCACAUAUUAUUCUUGAAUGAUAUUUAUGGAACAGAAGUGUUGAAAUGCAUGUUGAGUGAGUUUUAAAGUAAUAUUGUUUUUGUAGAUAAAAUAUGUUAAUUAAAUGUUUCAUGCUACUUUCCUUCACCUUCAUAGUCAAAGUCCUUUUCUGCCUAGAUUGCCAUGUGUUUGGAAUGAUUAGCUAAUGUUAUGAUAUUUAAUGAGAAAAUUAAACUAAUCUAAACAAUAAUUGUUAAUUACAGUUACAAGUUGUCCUUGUUGGGCCCUUGAGCAAGGCCCUUAAUCCUCAACUGCUCAGAUGUAUAAUGAGAUAAAACUCUCAAACUCUGGCUAAGGCCGUCUCCUAAAUGUACUGUAAAUGUUGUUACUAGUACUGAGUUUAAUGUCAAUUGUCCAAUAUACAUGAGUAGGUAGAAUAUUGCAGGUUAAACAUAACUUUAGUAUUGAUCAUUACUCCAAAUUUCCCUGAUUUAUUUUAUGCAAACAGAAUUUUGUAAACAAAACAAGGUGGGGCUUUUGAUUGUGUAAAAUAACAGAACGCAGUUCUAAGAAUAAAAACUACCCUUAUUUUUCUACAUAAUCCCCUGCUACACUAAUGCACUUAUCUACUGUAAGUGUUUCACUAGUGCUUGGAUACCAUCAAGGUAAAAAAAAUGUUUUUUAUGAUCAGACUGCCUGCUUCACAUCUGAAAUGCUGGCCGUCAUGUGGAAAUGUGUGGCCUGGAGGAAGGUCAGGACUAUACCAAGGAUCUGGCAAUAACUCCCAGCUGAAUUCUGUUAAUUCGCAAGUUAUGUUCAAGAAUGAUUGUGUGUAGAGUUGAUGAAUCUCUUCUGCAAGUUGGAAAAUAUGUCAUUCAUCAUUCGUUAUUCAUGGAUGUAUGUUCAUCUUUAAAUUAUUUGCACCAUUUAAAUGUUUUAUUGCAGCUCAGGGUUUCACCACUGUACUGUGCCUAAAGUCGUCUGUAAAUGUCAAUUGGUUUUACACCUGUAUGUACAGUACAAGAAAUUUCAUCACAAUCAUCACAAAGUGUAGCUUCAAGAGUACAGAGUGUGCCAAAUAUUCCAGUAGUUCAGGCAAUUGUGAAUGACAGUGGCAGCUCAUACAUAGGAGGGUAUAUCAACUAUAUACAAUAUACAUUUAACAAAUAGUUAUAAGGAUAAAUACUAAUAAAUACUAACUGCCUCAUUUGAGGGAUUAAGGAUUAAAAGAAAAUGUUGCUAUUUGACCGAUUUCACUUUCAUAGACAUUGUGUGAUUGUUAGGUAGCCUGCCCAGUGCCCCACUAAUGUCCCUAAUGGACAAAAAUUAAAAGUGCAACAAGCCUAUUGGGCAGGGACAAGGCAGUUAGCCCCAGAGCUGUCAGAUUGGCCAUCAUGAUCCUAUUUUAUAGCCAAAUCUCUGAAUAUAAACAAAAAAAAUCUAAUAAAGUACAUACAGUAUGUCUAUGUUUAUUUUUUUGUAUUAUACAUUGCAAAGAAUUUGAGAGGAAAAUAAUACUUAUUAUGGAGUGGAUAUGGAGUCUACAUUUAGGCAUUUGGCAGUGCCCUUAUCUCAUUAUACAUCUGAGCAGUUGAGGGUUAAGGGCCUCACUCAAGGGCCCAACGGCAACCUACGUAGACCUUCCGAAGCAUAGUCUAAUGCCCUAAUUACUGAGCCGCCCCUGAACCUCAGGCUAUAUGUUAUAAAUGGACGACCAAGAUGAUCUUGUGUCAACAUUUUUCAAUGUUGACUUUUUGGGCUAGGUCUAACUCUCUUGUGUGUAUUUCAACAUGUAGUUGGACCUGAAAUGUUGCUGAAACCUGACAACCCAGGUCAUUGUCACACAAAUGAGAAACACAAACCAUAUCAACAGAGUUGAACAAAGGAAUAGUACCAGUCAAAGGUUAGGGCACACCUACUCAUUUAGGGGGGUUUCUUUAUUUUUAUUGUAGAAUGAUACUGAAGACAACUGUAACAUAACACAUGGAAUUGUGUGGUAAACUAAAGGUGUUAAAAAAAGAUUUCAUAUUUUAGAUUCUUUAAACCAGCCACGGUUUACAGUAUUAGCAGCCAACAAGUGCUUAACAUACUGUAUCUGAGAACUCCUUUAAAAUGACAACAUUUUUUUGUUUGUUUCUUUCUUUACAU